AUGCCAGCUAUACACUUGUUACUUAUAAUAUUCAUCAAAAUUGGAUAUCUACAUACGGAGUGUAUACUGGCAUUUAGAAUACCUAUAGAAAUUCGCAAUUUACAUACAUUUAAUAUAUAUGUUGGACAUAUUCCAUUUCCAGAGCGUUCUGGAGAAGGAAUUAAUUGGAAACAUCCAAAAGAUACUAAAAGACUUCAUAGAUAUCAUUUAAAAGCAAAGGGAAUUAAUUGUAUACCACCUAAUUUGACUAAACUGCAUCUUAGACGGAAUCCAAACCAAAUUGAACUUUUGGAAUCAAUUCUUUCUCUUCUAUAA